AUGUCUCCGAAGGUUGACUGGCCUCAAAGGCCAUCGUCAGCACCACCGAUAUCAGCAUUUACUUCAGAGUCAGGUGACUCAAAUGUCUCGAAUGCAGGAACUGACAUCUAUGACGAUGCCAGCCGUCCUCUUGUCUGUGCAUUCAGCUAUCCGGCAGUGGCGUUAUCACUUGGACAAACGCGCUGGCCCGAGCUGCGCGACUUAUACCGUUCUCUAUCCCAAAAUCUGUCGUUCAGCGUACGGUGUACACUCACUGCCUCCCUCAGGGAAAUGGCAAAAAUUGUCGGGCCGCAGCAUGCAAAGGAGAAUUUGAUGACUGUGUGGUGGGCUAGCAUAGGCGCGGACGAGCCUGAAGUGCAUUUGAAGGCUGUCGAGUGCUCCGUGACAUUCGUGCGUGCAUUAGUAGAGUUUGAACGAGCCGAGGUUGUCGAGAGCCUUGAAGUGGAGUACAGCGCCCCGCUGAAGGGUUGGAGAGAGCGAGAAGAGGUGAUCAAGAGCCUUCCGUUGUUCUUGGGUAUCAUUGGUAUCGAAUCGCGAUCUCCAGGAAUCUGUUGA